AUGGCUUUUGUUCAAUCGGCUGAUGAACGCUAUGCGGAGGCCUUCGUGGAAUGGAUCAAUUCUUUCGACCAUUUGCCGUACACCUGCGAGCAUAUCAGUCAACUGUCUGAUGGUGUUUUACUUCGCGAUAUUUUAUUAGACAUUGAUCCUAAAUGGUUCCGGUCGAUGCAUUCCGUUGAUAUGGGCGAUAAUUGGGUCUUCAAAGUGAAUAAUCUCAAGAAAAUGUAUAAACUGAUCUCUCGCUAUUACGAAGAAGUGUUUAGUCAAGGACUUCAGACGUUGCCUGCCGUGAAUUUAACGGCUAUUGCCAAGGAGACAGAUACCAAGGAAAUCCUGAAACUGUGCCAACGCAUCUUGUAUCUCGCCAUUCAAUCCACAAAAACAGAGAAAUACAUUAACAAAAUCCAACGCUUAUCGCAGCCUAGCCAACAUGCUCUGAUGGUGAGCAUUGAGCAGGUACGAUCCCUCACUUGUUCGUUGGUAAAUAUGAAACCACUUCUCUGGGUGUGUCUAACCGGCGGAUAG